UCGCUGCGCCCGAAUCCAAACCCAGCGCGCCCCCACACGCAUCGCAUACAUCACCAGGAGGAGAUCGGAGGUCGCGACCCGCGGCCCGACCAAGCCAAGUACGCUACCACACACACUCCCGCGCCGCACCCGCACCGACCGACCGACCGCGAGGGUGCAACGAGCCAACGACGUAGUACUCCUAUAUCCGCUAAUCCGCAGCAGCUAGCAUCCCCAAAGCCGAACGUACACGUACGUGUAGAAUCAUAUAUAGGCAAUAGCAAGCAGUAGCAGCUCGAUCGAUGGUGUCGCUGCAGUCCUCGGCGGUCCUGCCGGAGGCCACCAAACGCCCCCCGUGGCUCUCCCUCGUCGGCAGCGUCGUCGCCUCCUCCACCGGUACCGCGGCGGCCACCAGCAAGAAGCGGAAGCGGGACGGCAGCGACGACGACCGCGGCGAGGUCGUGGACGGGAUCGAGCUCAAUUUCGACGCCGCGCCGCUGCCCCCCGAGUGGCAACGCUGCCUCGACAUCAAGUCCGGGCAGAUCCACUACUACAACACGAGGACGCAGAAGCGGACGUGGAAGGACCCAAGGGGGGAUUCGGACUACCGCGCCGCCGCGCCGACCUCCGGCGAAGACGACGGCGAGGAGGAAGAGGAGGACUCCGCGAAUUGCGCGCCGCCAGGGCUGGACCUAGAGCUGAACCUCACGUUCGAGCCGCGCCGGGCGUUCGCCGCCGCCCACGAGAAGAAGAAGCCCAAGCCCGCGGUGGCGGCAGACGACCGUCGUCGUCUUCAGCUGGCCGCGGAGGAGGAGGCCGAGGACAGCAGCGGCAGCAGGGAGAUGGUGGCCGGCGUGUGCGUGCGGUGCCACAUGCUGGUGAUGAUGUGCCGCGCCAGCCCGGCGUGCCCCAACUGCAAGUUCCUGCACCCACCCAGCCGCGCCGCCCCGCCGCCGCCGCCGCCGCCGCCGCCGCCGGAGCCUGAGCCGCCGGUGCCACUCAAGCUCGGUCUCCAGCUGCUCUGCUGCAGGGACUAGCUACGUAGCUAGCUAAAGCUAAGCUACCUAGAUGGAGGAUGGAUGCUUCUAUACCGUGCUCCCUAGGCAUGCGUGCAUGCACAAGUAGAGCGCACGUGUGUCGCACGUGCGAGGAGGGGAGGAUCAGGAUCACGUAAUUAGAGGCAGCUAGCUAGCGUAAUGGUGGAGGAGGAGUUAGUUGGCGGCGCCGACGGCCGAUGGAUCGAUCGGCUGUACGUACUACGGUUAUUAGCCGCCAAAGGGGUAUAUCAUAUCGUAUUAUUAUUCAUAUAAUGACGAUGAAUGGUGAUGUAGAUAUACUUAAGUGCAUAGCAUAAAUGUAGCUCGGAACUUUCGGUGUCUGUCACUUGUCCGUGUGCAUGUACUCGUAACAUGUUUUCGAACUCGAGAA